GCCCUCUCUACCAGAAUGACCAGUACGACAUUAUACGUCCUGCUUUUCUUGCUUCCUCUGUGGCAUGGCGCCAAUGCCCGAGACCUCUGCCCUCCAGGAACUGUAAGCUCGACUGGGGCAGAGCCUUGCAGGGACUGCCCCGCCGGCAGCUUGUAA